GUAACAAUGUAUGGAUUGUGUCAACCUCUCGAAUUGCAGAUGACGACCUUGCUCGAUGUCCCGGGCAGUAAUCCCCCAAAUCCCUUCUCCACGCCGAUCCAAGCUAUCCUCACCUCUUUCAGUCUCUCUUCGGCUUCCGCGCCUGCGCCAGCGCCAGACGAGACAAUUGAACACCUGAUUAACAUCGUCACUACCUCCCCCGAUCCUGCCACGGCUCUCUGGGAACUCUGGGAUGCCUUUUUUACAGCUGUCGUCACUUCCUCGGCUUCACACGUCCCUCACCUCGCCUUCCUCGAUGCCAUGCGCGCGCAAUCGCCCACCCAGCCCAACAAUGUAGCUCCGGGUUCUGAAGCAGAGGGUUAUCUUCAUAGCUAUAUUCAGGCCGACGGAAAGCUUCACUGGCCAAUGUUGCCGCGCUUCCGUGCGCAGUGGUGUGACGUGCAUGGCAUCCUGGAGGCCUGGCGCGACUGGGACGGUGUGCGUACUGCGGGUGAAGGGAACAACUCGACCUCAAGCUCACCAAUCUGCAACCCCGCCAAAUACUAUCUCCGUAUCUGCGACUUCUCGAUCGCCUUGCUGAAUGCGACUAAUGGAAAAGGCGCUGUGCGCCCUGUGUGGGUAUUCUAUGCGUGCCACAAUGUGCUGGAGCGUAAGGGUCCCCUGUCCGAUGGGCCAAGGGCGCAUAGAAUGUCACCGGAGCAGGUUUGGGCGUUGGAUGUUCGGGUUGCAGCGACUUGGGUCAGGAAUGGUAGCCGGAUAUUGUGGGCGAUGGACCAAGAUGAGCUGUGGCGGAACAAUUCGGCGGCGUUGGAGUACAAAACAGAAUUGUGGCCCAAAGAAGACGGGCUAACGCGAGAGCGAUGGCAAUUAUGGGAGGAGAGGCUGCGGGCUCUGAGUACAGACGCUGACCUGGAUGAAGAAACGAGGGCGGUGGCCGGACAGGCUGCUGAAGUGAUCGCGGAACUCCUAGGUCUUAGCUUGACUUGA